AAAGCAUGCUGACGAUCUUUACCAUAAUUUUACAGACAUUUUUGCAGCAAAGGCCAACCAACAGAAAGCAAGUCAAUGGGGAUAUCUCGACUGAUUCCAGCUCUGUGGCUCUUCUCCCUGAUGCUAACAGCCUCCCUCUGUGAGGAGGUAUCCACAGAAGAGGAGGUUGCAGCUGAUGAGGUCGAGGAGAGCACUGAGUUUGUGAUUGAGCUUGGAGAAGAUGAUUUUGACUCCACCAUCGAAAGCCACCCUCUCAUUCUGGUGGAGUUCUAUGCACCCUGGUGUGGUCACUGUAAGAGCCUUGCUCCGGAGUACGAGAGAGCUGCUGAAGUGUUAGCAGGUAUCAACAUUCCCCUGGCCAAGGUGGACGCCACUGCUCACUCUAGUCUGGGCAGUAGGUUCGGAGUGAGCGGCUAUCCUACUCUUAAAGUGUUUCAUGACGGGGUUGCCUAUGACUACGAAGGACCUCGCUCAGCUACAGGCAUAGUGCAGUACAUGCAAAAUGAGAACCGUGCCGACUGGGCCCCACCCCCUGAGCCCGUACUGGUCCUAACAACUGACAACUUUACCGAGACUAUUGACAAUUCCCCCCUAAUCUUGGUGGAGUUUUAUGCCCCCUGGUGUGGACACUGCAAACGUCUCGAACCAGAAUAUAAAAAGGCGGCUGCGGAUCUUCAAUCCAGUGAUAUACCGCUUGCCAAGGUGGAUGCUACAGCUGAGCCUGAGCUAGCUAAGCAGUUCGAAGUGGAGGGAUACCCAAUGCUGUUCAUGUUUAGAGAGGGAGUGAAGUAUCCGUAUGGGGGACCCAGAGAGAGACAAGGAAUUGUGAAGUACAUGCUUGAGCAGAGCAAACCUCCCAGUGCUGAGAUAACCUCAACGAAGGAACUAACAAGUAUUCUUAAAGCGGACAAUCCUCCGGUAGUGUUACUGUGUGCCGAGGAGAUGGUGGAGAGCUACUAUGAGUUGGCUAAUUCUGGGAGGGAGUCAUUUCUGAUCUUCAAGCAUUCAUCUUCUGAGGCUCUCUGUUCUGAUGUUGGUUUGGAACUAGGGACAGCAGGAAUAAUAAUACCAUACUUUUACCGUUCCAAAGAUGAGCCGUGGCUGAUCCCGAUUGACCUCACAGAGGCUGACUUCCCGUCAGUGCUUAAGGCAGCCCGACCGCUGGUGGCCAUUAGGACCAAACCCACCAUAGCUUGGUACUCCGACUACCCUAUCCUGGUCGCUUAUCUGGAAAUUGACACAUCAAAAGAUGGAGUGAAAGAUUUCCAGUUUUGGCGUGAUCGUCUGCUCACGGUAGCUCGGCAGUACCCACAGCUGACGGUUGCUAUGAGCAACGAGAAGGAGUACGAAAAAGAGCUGGCAGAGAUGGGUAUCGCAGACAGGGGAGACGAUGUUUCCAUGGUCAUGUGGGCGGGGCCCAAAGAGAAAUAUUUGAAGAAUGAGGAAGAGGAUUUCAACGACUUUAUUGAGGAUUACUUAGCUGGAGAGUUGAAGCCGUUCAUACGCUCCCAACCUAAACCCAAGAAGGACAAAGGUCCGGUGGUGACUGUGGUGGGCUCCACGUUCCAAGAUAUCGUACUAGACUCCUCCAAACACGUUCUCAUUGAGUUCUACGCCCCAUGGUGUGGUCACUGCAAGAAACUGGAGCCUGAAUACAAGGACCUGGGCAAGAAGUUUAAGAAGAAUAAAGAUGUUGUGAUUGCCAAAUUUGAUGCAACUGCAAACGAUGCUCCGCCUGAUUUCGAGUAUACUGGAUUCCCAACUAUUUUCUUCGUAGGUACUGGCAAUGAGGUGGUCCUGUACGAGGGUGAGAGAGAUACGAAGACAAUGGCCUCCUUUAUUAAGAAGCAGCUCAAGAGUAAGAAAGAUGAACUAUGAGAUUAGAGUGAGACUCUAUAGGCAAACAAACUCUUUGUUGAUUUUUGUAUAAUAUAUGCUUUUAGCCUUACGUAUUUCCUUCUGGUAUCCUAAUAAUUAAUUGUCUUACAACUUGUAAACUUAG